AACAAAACUUCCAUAUCCUGAAUCAAGAACCAUUCUCUGAUCAAAUGGCAUCUAAAGAUUCUAAGUUGAAGAACAUCAGUGUUGUUUCUGAUCAUGACACCAGUAGCGGUGACGACGAUAAAAAAGAAACCAGAGUCGAUAUCUCCUUCGAUAAGCUAAAUCUCGGUCGUAAAAAGAAACUCCUUGUGAUUCCACUCGCUGGAAUACUCGUUCACCGAGCCUAUCGUUUUAAGCCGACCACCAUUCCCACACACCGCUCUCCGGAUUUCUCUUACGGAAAAUUUCUGGUUUACAAGAGGCCUUUUUGUGAAGGGUUUCUGAAGUUUUGCUUUGAAAGAUUCCAAGUGGGACUGUGGUCUUCUGCUUUGGAGCAUAACAUAGAAGUGGUUUUGAACAAAGUUAUGGGAGAACUAAAAAGCAAGUUAUUGUUCACUUGGGAUCAAAAGGAAUGCACACAUACUGGAUUCGUGUGUCUGGAUAACCCAAACAAGCCAUUGUUCUUGAAAGAACUCAAGUAUCUAUGGCAGAAAAAGUACUCGAAUCUUCCAUGGCGACAUGGAGAAUAUUCAUCGUCUAACACACUACUGAUAACGACUCCCAUGAAGGCCCUUCUAAAUCCUCCCAACACUUCGAUUUCGAUCGAUGAUUAUGAUCCUAACAACAAAGAGGAUGAUUUCUUAGGUCCUGAUGGUGCGUUACGAGCGUUCUUAGAUGGACUUGUUGAAGCAGAGGACGUGCCAACUUAUGUGCGAAAUCAUCCGUUCGGGGAGCCUGCGAUAACACCUUCACAUUCUGAUUGGGACUACUACAAUACCGUUAUUCGUUCUAUGGGCAAGAAAAAAACUACAGAUCGCAAGAAUUGAUCCGUUUCGUUGGAGAUUUAAUGGUCUAUUUUCUGAUUUAUGUCCUUUUGUUAUGUCCUGAAAUAUUGUCAUGAAUUUUAUAUAAAGUAGAACUCGUACUGAUUUUUAAGCCAACC